AUGAACAACGCAUUGCGCCUUGUGCGCACCAGUCCUCCACGAACAGCAAGCUCAUCGUCACAAUGGGCUUGCUUUUUCUGCCAGAAUGCCCGGCCCCAGAGCCGUCGACCCAAUUUCGCAGAGUUCCGCCGCAAUCUCUCCAUCUCAAGACCUCGUCGAGAACCCCAGACGCCGCCUCGGCAGCAGGCGAAUGACGCCUAUAUGGAAAACAUUCGGGCGCAGUACAAUGAAAAGAAUAAGACCUCAACCUACUGGACCCUCAGCGCGAUAAUUGGCUUUCUUGGCCUGGCAUACGGCGCUGUGCCCCUCUACAAAAUGAUAUGCCAAACCACUGGCUGGGGAGGCACACCGAUCCGCGCCUAUGGCCUGGGCGGCGACGAAGGCGAAGACCUCUCCACUCGCCUUGUCCCCGUCACCUCUGCGAAGCGAAUCAAAGUCACCUUCAACGCUGCCGUAUCUGACGUCCUCCCGUGGAAGUUUGUCCCCCAGCAGCGAGAGGUCCGAGUCCUGCCCGGCGAGACGGCCCUGGCAUUCUACAAGGCGACGAACCUCGGCGAUAAAGACAUCAUUGGCGUGGCAACAUACAGCGUAACGCCGGGCCAAUGUGCAGGCUACUUUAGCAAGAUCCAGUGCUUCUGCUUUGAAGAGCAGAGAUUAAACGCUGGCGAGACGGUUGAUAUGCCUGUAUUCUUCUACUUGGAUCCCGACCUGUUGAACGAUGUCAACAUGAAGGGCGUCGAAACCGUAACCUUGAACUAUACAUUCUUUAAAGCGAGAUAUGACAACAAUGGCAGAUUCACCCCUCCUGCCUCCAACUAAAUGGCCUUGAAGAUCUAUGCCUUGUAUAACACAUACUUUCCAUGCGGCGUUGCGGCCUCUCUAUGACGAUAUGAUGCAUAGACGACCGAGGAGUUUAAAAUAAAAAAAACUGUAUAUUAUUACUAAAUGGAAGCAAAAACAUACAUAGCUAGCGUACAAAAUAAACAAACCCGUAU